AUGUUGUCAAGAAUGAGGUCUCUGUUUGCAAGAGAACAUGGAGAACAUUCAGAGACUAGAGAGAGACAGAAAGAAGCUGAUGUUACUUCUCAAAAUAAAGCAGCAACACAUAAGUGGUCCUGGCGUAGGCACAAGGCUCCUUUGGAGACAUCAUCCCAGCCAACGCUCCUUACCAAGAAACAAGUGAAGAAGGAGAUAGAGAGGAUGACCACAGAGCUGCAGCUGAUGACCAACCAAAGGAAUGAGCUGCGAGAUCGCCUGCUCUUCAUCAGUGAAGGAACUGUGGACAAUAGACCCUACCACAAGCCAAAUCCAUUUUAUGAGAAACUGAAGCUGGAACAUAAACAGGUCCUGUGGGAACUAAAGGUUUUUGAGAAUGAGAAAACUGAGGUCUCAGAAAAGUUCAGUGAGCUGAACAAGGAGACAGUCUUCUAUCG